UAGCAGAAGGUGUCCCUGCACCAUGGCAGGGGUGGACUGGGUGGGCUGUAAGGUCCCUUCCCACCCAAACCAUUCCACGAUUCAUGCUAUGGAUUCAUAAGGUGUCCUGGAGCAGUUUCCAUGGCCGUAUGUGAACAGCAGGCUGGUCCUACAGUGGCAGAGGAAAUGCCACAGGUGCCUGAUUCCCUGGUGUUGGGUUGGAUCCAUCCUGUAGAAGAAGCUUUGUUGCGGGAUGUGGCUGCAGAGCUGUGAUGUCAACAGUUACUGGUUCUGCAUAGUCUUCCACAUCCCGCUUUUCAGAGUCCAUGUUCUGCUUUGCUGCCCUUUAGCCGAGCUGCCAGGCCCCCAGCAGCUGGAAUGCCCCAAGGGAGGUGUCCUGGAGCGGGGCAGUGCUGGCAGUUGGAUGUGUCUGUGUCCCUGGGCACUCUCUGAGCUCAGCCCGUGUGAGCUGGGGUGAGUGUGGGCUCCUGACACUCCACAGAUAAGGAGCCGUUCCCUGCUCACGCCUCUUGGGCUUUUUAUCGCUGCUGAGUUCUCAUUCCUGGCCCCCCCAUACCUCCUUUGCUAUUGGUGUGAGGGCACUGGGACAUUUUUCUAGGGAGAAGGAAUCAUUGAUGUGUUGGUGCUUCAUGUACCGAGUGCACGAUGCCUUCCCGCUACCUCAACUUCCGCUGCAGCGUGCCCUGGCUGAUCCUUUUCCUGGAAACUCUGUUCCUCAUCCGCUUUUUCUUUUGCUUCCCAGAUGUUGGUAACAUCUACUCACCAUCCAGCUUCUACCCAGAAUUUCAAGAUGUCAACCACAUGGUGAUUUUUGGAUUUGGCUUUUUCCUGAUGGUUCUGAGAAGAUAUGGCUUUAGCAGCACCGGACUCAACUUCCUGCUCAUUGUUCUUGGUGUCCAGUGCUCUGUGCUGGUAGAAGAUUUAUUAGUUUUCCUCAGGGUACAGGAAAGUGAAGGUGGUAUGAAAAGCCUAGCAAAGGCUGUGGUGAGCAUGACUGCUGUGGCCAUCUCCACUGGAGCUGUCCUGGGCAAGGCCAAUCCUGUGCAGUUAAUUGUGAUGAGCCUGGUGGAAUUAAUCAUCUUCUAUGUGAGCAGAUGCAUCAACAGGACAUUCCUGCAGGUCCCAGACAGCCUCACCCUGAUGCACGUGCACCUCUUUGGAGCCUACUUUGGUGUGGCAGUCACCUCCCGUUUCCCUGAGCCACCCCCAGGGCUGGACAAGAACAGGAGCACCCCAAAGUCAGACCUGUUCUCAAUGCUGGGCACUGUGUUUGUCUGGGUGUUCUGGCCAAGCUUCAAUUCUAUCCUGGCUGACUCCAAGAAGGAAGCAGUGCUCAACACCUACUUCGCCCUCGCAGUGAGUGCUGUGACUGCCUUCAUGUUGUCUGCUCUGACCUCCAAGGAUGGCAAAUUCAGGAUGACUCACAUCCACAGUGCAGUCCUGGCUGGAGGGGUCACUAUCAGCUACACAGCACACAGCAUCCAGCACCCUUGGAUUGCCAUGAUUUUGGGGCUGCUUGGCGGUGUCAUCACCAUCUUGGGAUCUCACUGUUUACAGAGGUGUUUUAAUCCUGCUUUCAAGCUUCAGGACACUUCUGGAGUUCAUUUCACUUUUGGUUUGCCUGCUGUGCUUGGAGCUGUGGCUGCUGUUGUUCUCUGUCUCGUAGAAAAAGGGAUUUCUACACAAUGGAAUAAUUUAUCCAGUCUGGGUUAUUUGGUCUUUGUUGACGUUGGUGCCUUCUGCCAGACCAUCAGCACUGCCUUGAUAACAGGUCUGAUUACAGGUUUAAUCUUAAACAUCAAAUUGCUUAAGACCGUGCAUGUCUCAAAGUACUUUGAUGACCAAUUUUAUUGGGAGUUUCCCCACUUGUCUGUUGGAUUUUGAAUGGAGGAUCCCAGAUGACAGAUAAGACCAAGAUAAGAUUUUCCUCUGUCACCAGAAAAACUGAACAGCUAUGAUGGGUUCAAAGAGCACUGAAAUAUCAAUUCUCAGGCCCACAAAAGCCACUCCCAUGGACACUCAAAAAAUUAAACUGUUCUAGUUAUUCUUGAAAGAUGCAGAGUGUGAAUUCACAGAUGCAAACUUAAAAUGCAUUCAGCUUUUCUGCUUUGUUGGCCUUGCCUAAAUAUUUUUUGUAAGAUAUGUACAAAAAAGUUGGCUGCAUUCAUGGUUUAUCAAUCCAAAUGCUUGGAAACAUUAAACUAUUUUUAGCUCCCGAGUUUACAAGCCAAAAUGAUGGAUUUUAAAGUGUCAUUUUUCCAGGAGCACUUCUUUAUCUAGCAAAGCACUCAAGUUUUUAAGCUGAGAUGAUUCUGCUGAAGGCCUUGACAAGCCAGGAUUUGAUGAGUGAGCUGGAGCAGAGCCAGAACUCUGCAUCCUGCCAGACUGAACUCCUGGAAAAAUCUGGCAUUACAUGGCUGGGGUUGGAUGUUGGGAGGUUCUGAUGGCAAGAAAUUCAAUUGUGGAUGGUGCUCCUGCAGUCCCUGGGGUUUGCUGCCAAAUGUAAAACACGAACAGAGCUCCGGGCAGUGUCUGGGAGGGGACAGCCUGGAGCAGCACUGGGGCACUGGGGGAAGGGGCCUCAGUGCUGCCUGCACCCAAUUUUGGAAGUGCAGGGACUUUGGGGACAGAGGAUUCUCUGAACCCUCAUUUUUAAGUGAAUUGUGAUCCUGGUGUUUCCUACUUUCAAAAAUAGUUGACAUAGAAAAUCUUCCAGAAGUGCUUACCUAAUAAAGGAGUGAAAAUGUGGCUGUUUUUCUUUCUUCAGCACCCUUGUGAGGAACGAAUGAGGGAACUCGUGACAAGGCUGAGUCCUUUGAUGAGGCUCACUGACCUCAUUCAUUCACUGGGAUGAGCAGAUCCCUGCCCUUACAAAGGGAGGCAGCUUCCAAGGAAUGCAGACUUGCAGAGGAAGGGCCAGUUUUCCUUGUUCCCAGCUCCCAAAAGAGCCAGCAGGAGGUCAGCAGCUGCCCACACCUUCUACACACAACUGUGAGUUGUUACUUCCCAAAGACUUCCUCUUUAUCACCACAGGAUAAAAGAAAUAUUCAGGGAUGGGGGGGAAAAAAAAAAAUUCCCAAACUACCAGAGUUCUGUAUUACACAAGAAAAGCCACACACCAGCAAGCUUUGAAAUUGGAGACAUGGUUAUAUUGUCCAGAUAUAGGAAAUAUUUAAUAAACAUCUGUUAAAAGGUUGUUUUAAAGCAUUUUUAGUAAGUUUUGGAUUGUAAGUAACAUCAUAGAAACAGCUGGUUAAACACAUCCAUAUUCCACUCUCCUUUUAUUUGUAACAAACAUCAUUUUAGAAAAGUGACUCCACUGUUGUCUGUAGCAAUUUUACAUUUCUCAAAAACACCACAAAACUGAAGUGGACAUACAAGAGUAAAAAAAAUAAACAGAAUAGAGCUGGGUUUAGUGCUUUCAGCUUUCCUUGAUUCUCUUUAGACACAAUGGAAGGUUUACAAAAUGGUUUUACAAAACUUUGGGGGGUGCAGUCAAACCCCAGGGCACUCCAGGGGCGCUCACUGCCACAAAUCCUCUGUGCGACCAAACUUGAAGACCAGGCCCC